AUGACCCGACGAUAUGAAGACUUUGAUGAGUUCUGCGAUCCAGACAAUCCAAUAACUAUUACAUAUAAUGAUGCACUGGAUGCAAUGCAAAGAAUUAGAAAAUAUAUGCCAGAAACGCCGUACGCGAUAUCACACAAACAGAAUGAUUUCACUAUGAAUUUAUUUUACAAGUUGGAAACUCUACAUAGAACAGGAAGUUUUAAAGAAAGAGGGGCAUUGAAUUCACUAGAAAUGCUUGCCCUGGAUAAGAGAAAAAUUGGAAUCGUUGUUGCGUCGUUGGGAAAUCAAGCAAUCGGGCUCUGUUAUUAUGCAAAAAAACUUGGCAUACCUGUUACCGUGGUAAUGCCUAUCGGUGUGGCAAUAAAUAAAUUACAACAGUGUCAUAACCUUGGCGCAAAAAUUGUAGUACAGGGCGGAAAUCUUACCGAGAGUCAACGUUUGGCACGAGCCAUUGCAAGGGAAAAGGGCUUGACUUAUAUAAAUGGUCGCGACCAUCCUAAUAUUCUGUCUGGAUAUGGUACAGUGGCGUUAGAGAUUCUGGAUCAAAUUCCGAACGUGGAUGCCAUUCUGGCACCGGUUGGAAGUGGCGGUCUCGUGGCUGCCGUCGCAGCUGUUGUCAAAUACGUGAAGCCCGAUUGCCUAGUUUACGGUGUACAAUCGGAAAAGGUUCCCACAUUCUUCAAGUCGCUGGAAAUGGGGGAACGAACGAACCUUCCGUGGCAAAGUUCUGCAGCCGACUCGAUUGCCAUGCCCAGUGUGGGAAUAAAUGCGUUUCAUACAGCUAAGCCAUUACUCGAUAAAAUGUUGUUGGUGAAUGAGGAUUGGAUUACGAGAUCAGUGCUGCAUCUAGUGGAAGUCGAAAGAUUGGUAGUCGAAGGUGCCGCUGCUUGCACUCUGGCUGCAAUUUUGGGUAAUCUCGUGCCUGAAUUGAAGACAAAGAACGUCGUGUGCAUUUUAAGCGGAGGUAACAUGGACGCUGUAUUGAUGAGCCGAUGUUUGGACAGGGGACUUGCGGCUGAGGGUAGACUGGUUAAGUUUAAAGUUUAUAUCAAGGAUUCCUCAAAGGAAUUUGAGAGACUCCUGCGGCUUUUGGCAAGCGGAGGAUACAAUGUCAAGAGGCAAUUCCAAGACCGUGUAUGGGUAGAAAAUGAAAUUUAUAGGGUAGAGGUGAAACUAGUGUGUGAAGCGAGACACUUAGAACACGCUCUUGAAUUGAAAAGAAUAGUGGAACGCGAAUAUGGUCCCACGUCGGCAGUUUUCGAAACGGAACCAUUCAAUGAAAAAUAUAUUUGCCCAUGCUAUGUCAGAAAGUGUUGCAAUUGA